AUGCAGUACAGGGAUCGGUUUCGGAACGGCGGCGACGGCGGCGGCGGCACAUCCGCGUCGUGGCGAAAGGAGCGAUCGCCGCGACGGGCGGCCGGGGAGCGGAAGGAGGUGGCGCCGGGCGUUAGGUCCCGCGGCGGCGUGGUUGGGAAUCUUCUGCUCCCGCCUGACAGAGUUAUCGGAGAAGGUGUGGAUGGGAGAUCGCUUCCGUUUCUUGUUCCAUGUUCUUGCCCUCGUUGGAGUUCUUCUCUGAGUUUGGAGAAAUCUCUCUUGGGCUCUAGGAAUUUCGACGCUAUGUCGCCUUGUUUUCUGUCCUGUCACCGAUCUACUCUACCUUGUACCAACUUCAGUUUUGUUUUGCCAUUUUCUUCCUUGAUCUUUUGUACUAAACGAUCUGUCAUACCCAGAGCUAGCGAAAAAAUUUCUGAGGUACAUGGUCUCCUAGGGUUCCUCACGACCCUUUUACAAGGUGCAGAGCUCCAUCCAACAGCAUAUUUGGAUGUCGCCCUUCUAACAUUUUUCUACUUGUCUCCUCUGUUUCCUUUCUUAAACGUCUGAUCACAUGAAAUCUCUGUCUACCUUUUUCCUUUCUGGGGGGGGAAUAGAGAACGGUUCCCAUCCCUUUUCUUCCACUUGUUUUCCUUUCUUUUCUCCUUUGAUUCUUUUCGUUUCCUUCUUGCUGCUUUCCUACUCAGGAACGUCUAAGAUCUUCUGCACCUCUUCUUUUAUCCGACAGUCACCUAGAUGUGUCCUUGAAAAUGCUUAGCAUGGUGUGUGGACUUUGGAAAACUAGAAUAUCAUGCUUCUCUCUCUCUUGCAAUCUACGCUUCUUGCAUUUUUCCCUUCAUCACCUCUAAUUUACUCUGCUUGCAUUCUUUGGGGGAAAUGUAGUACACAUAGAGAUGGUGAAUGUGGUUACUGAUGGAUCUUAUUAAUAACUGGGAUAACCCUUUUAACCAGUUGAUUCUUUAGAUCAAUCUCAUGGAGAUGAAAAUCUGUUUGAUUUUAUACCUCGAAAUGUUUUUAGGUUCAUCAUGCAAUUUUCAAGUGUGUAGGCUCGACCACAUGGACCAUGUUAUGUCUAUGAGCUUACACAAUCAUUCCUCAUCGGAUAGUGGCACAAUGGUGCCUAAGCAUUUAUCGAUCAGUAACCUUUUAUCGCAAAAAUAUCCAUCUUAUUUUGUAUUCUGUGACGUGCUAUUGGAGUUUAAAUUCGUCAUCUCUUUUCAUCAUUCCUUUCGUCAUAUUUCCUUCAAAGCCUGAUUUUCUAUCAUAAGAAUGACUACUUGUCUGGGUUUUUUGAACAAUUUAAAUGCCACCUUGAGCAUCAAAGGACCUAUAUAAUUUAAGGUUGUAUCACUAUGAUCUUCCCAUAAAAUGUGUAUCCAUUUGCUUUUGAAUCAAGGUUGCUUUAGGAUGUUUCAUAUAUUAAUUUUCUGAUGGCUGCUUUGUGUUGAAUUUUAUGUGUGGGCUGGUAUCAUUUGAAAUCUGUAUUUCGCUUCAUAUUAUGUACCCUUCUUCAUGUCGUUUCUCCUCUAUUCCAUGCAGAGGUACAUUUUUUUUGGCCAUAUAUUGCGUACAAUGUUCUUUUCUCUGGAUUAUCCAUCUUUUUUUUAAUUAAAUAUGGUUCAUCAACUACUUAUAUAAACUAGUUUAUUCGUUUUUUAUGAUAGAAAGUACGCUCUUAUUUCAGGAUUUGUUCAUCAUAUGAAACAAAAUACAGGUUCUAAGGUGGAAUCAGAUGGCAGAAUUGGAAUUCUACAUCAGCAAAGAGUGGUAAUCAUUUGCUAUUUGCUUUCCUCGAGUAUCAUUUGUUAUUCGAUUACUGAUGUUCAAUAAGUUUCCAUUUCAGUGACGAAUAAAACAUGCAGGCUAUUGAAAUCCCCCUCUUUCAACUAUUUUGAUUGCAUUAGCAUGUUUCAUUAACUGUAGUUUGUCUUUCAACUUAAACUUAUACAUCUGAUGCGUUUUGGUGCAGUCUGCCUUUGACAAUCGGAAAAGUCUACUGAAAAGGCCUAACGGCACCCGUGUUAAGUCACUGAUGGAUGAGGAGAUCCCAAACCAAGUGGCAUCCAGGCGCCAUUCACCAAGUGUGAUAGCCAAGUUAAUGGGUCUCGAUUCACUGCCUGCUCCACAUUCCAGCAAUCUGCAUUCAAGGGAGUCCACAGCGUCGUUCCAUAAGGCAUCGUCGAGAGGUUCUCAUGGAGAGAAGAGUCGAGAGUUUAAAGACGUUUUUGAAGUUAUGGAGACGGAGAAGGUCGAGAAACGCACCUGGUCUGCUCACAAGGGGUCUCUAAAGUCUAGGCAAAGAGAUACGGAUAUGGCCGUCAUUCGGCAGACGUUCAUGGAUGCAAAGCGGCUCUCCAUGAAUGAGGAGCUUCAGCACUCCCAGGAACUCAGUGAUGCGUUGGAGGUGCUGGAUUCCAGUAAAGAGCUUUUCCUCAAGUUUCUCGAGGAACCAGACUCUCUCUUCAUGCGGCAACUGCAAGAUUUGCAUCCUCUUCCCGCCGCUCCUGAAGCAAGAAUCACGAUACUGAAGUCCUCUAAUAUGCCAAAGUAUGAAAGCAGUGAAGUGUGCCGGAAGUCAGAGACGAUGGCGGACAGGAGUGCUCCAGGGCAGAAACAUGUCGCGCAUAAGAGCGAGACUGAUAUUUUUGUUCAUCGCCUCAGAGAGCAUCCUGUCUCUCAUUCGAGGCAGCCGUCAAAAUCGAAGCUUGACCAAAAUGAGGAGCCAGGCUUUCUCCCUACUCGCAUUGUUGUCCUGAAGCCUAGUCUUCAGAAGGUUAAUCAUGGCACCGCAGAGGCUCCAGGCACUGCAGAGAAUCUUCAAUUUGGUGACAGACGAUCCAGGGAAUCUAAGAGAUAUGGAAGAAGGGAGACAUUUCCGGAGCUAAGAGAGAGACACACCCUGUCUGGUGACAGCGAGGUGACCCACAGAACAAGGCGUUCUAGGGAGAUUGCUAAAGAAGUUACCUGGCACAUGAGGCACACUGUCACUGGUGAACACGGGAGGCCAUAUGAUUCAAGACAUAGCACACUCUCUAGCCAUGGGUACCCACAGAGAUCGCCGGCUACUUCAUCUCUCUCGGGGCACACUGACUCUCAAAGCGAUGCCUGGGGUAAGAGCUACAGUGCGCCCGAUCUGACUGAAACGCAUGCCACUAGGGACGCUAGGAGGCAUCUGUCUGAGAGGUGGAUGAUGGCCCACAAGCAGCGGGACACGCUUUCUGAACGUAGGUGCAGCACAUUAGGUGAAAUGCUUGCUCUAUCUGACGGGGAGAUGCUGGAGGCGCCCUCUAGUUCAUUUCCGUGUCGGGGGAGUCUGCAGGAGAGAAUCUCUGGGAAGAAGGUCCUUGAGAGGUGGUCUAGCCCCAGAGGCAUCAGCAGCAAGGAUGGUUGGAAGGAUGGGCAGUCGGGUGGCCUUCGAAGAUCCAAAUCCGUUCCUGCUUCGUCCGCCAUCAAUGGAAGCUUGAAUUCCUUCAUUAAACAGCGCCCUGAUCGCGUUGACAAUCCGUUCGUGCUUAAAGAUUUGCUGAAUCUUGGUUCCAGGAGGUCCUCCGAGCCACGAUCAUCGAAUCAGAGGUCUAAGGCUUCCCCGGACACUUCCCAGGCUUCAAACACAGAUGAGGAAGAAAAUAAGCGUCCCGUCAGGGAAAUUCAUGUGGACCAUGACGAGCUCCUCGAUCGUUCCCCUGAGAAGGCUUUGCCCAUGGACAAGUCUUGUUCCUCAGGAUCUUGCUCUCCUGUUGAGGUGCAGCAGCCGUCGCAGUCGUUAUGCUCCACUUCAUCUGCCGUUGAUAAUUACUACACCGUUGACCCCGAGAGAGAAACCGGCUUAAAGGUUCGUUUUUUAUGUUCAUGCCAGAAGAAACCCUAAACCUACACCGAAUUUUUUGUUCUUGCUCGUUUAUUUUUUAUGAAAUGUAUGGCUCGGUGUUUUCCUUCGUUGAUGAACUUUUAUCUUAAAUAGGAAACGUCGCCCGAUCAUCCGCAAGCAGAGUCCCCUCCCGGCCAAACGCCGUCGGUGAUCCCCAAGGAAGGUGAUCAACCCAGCCCCAUCUCUGUGCUCGAGCAGCCUAUUGAGAAUGGAUCACCCCCUGAAAGCUUUGAAAGACUCAGCGCAGAUCUUCGAGGUCUCUCACAGCAACAUUAUCCCACCUUCUUCCUUCGCUCGCCGGUAACCCUGACACCUUCUCUCUGCAGAGCUCCGAUUAAAGCUCCAACUUCUUAAGCUGGAGUCGGCGGACGCUUACGCCGACGGACUGGUCGGGAGCGAGGAAGUGGACAGUAGUGGAGAAAUCCUCGGUUCUCCGACCUUCGUGGAGGAAGAAGACAGGGACUUCGCUUAUCUCCUCCAAAUUCUCAGCGAAGCGGGCUUCCACAGAGCCGAAUGGGACGAGCUCUUCUGUGGUUUCUUCGCCCCGGAAUCCCCGAUCUGCCCGGAGGUAUUCGAGAAGCUCGAGCAGACGUACAGCAGCGAGGAUUACUGGCCGAAGGCUGAUAGGAAGCUUCUCUUUGACAUUGUCAACUUAGUUCUUGCUGAUCUUCUUGCCCUGAACAUGGAGCUUCGACCGUGGGUGAAGAAGAAUGGUGGACGGGAUUGCCGGAGGACUCUCACGGAGGAAGUGUGGGAGUUCUUGGGUCGGCAGCGCGCGGAAGUGCUCUCGGCCAAUUCGGGCAAGUUCUUGGAUGACGCGCGGUGGUCGGAUCUGGCGGAUGAUGUUGAUUCGGUCGGCAGGGAGGUGGAGCGGAUGCUGAAGGAUGAUCUAUUGCAGGACUUGGUCUCUGAGAUGCUCUCUCUGUAA